UUACUGCUACAGCUAGUUAAUAUCAAUUGUAGAGAGAGGGGGAGGAGAGAGAAACACAGAGCUCCGAGUCUCGUUUGAAAAGUUCAGAAAAUAUAUAUAUAUAUGUUCACGUAUAUAUAUAGACUAUAGAGGAGGAGAGAGAAAGUAAGAGAGAGAGAAAUGGGGGACUACGUGAGAAAAUGCAAGAAAGCUGGAGAAAUUGCAGUAAUGGAGGUGGGAGGCGGAGGAGUGACGACGAGAGCUAUGGAGGCGGUUACGAGCUCGGGAUUUUCGAAGAGGAGAAAGGUAGCGUCGAAUGUGGAAGUUGUGAACCACCGCUGCGUCGUGAAUUCACCGAAGAAUUCUGUUUCGCCGGCGGAAUCGGAGACCUCUGAUCCCGUUCCGGCGUCGGAGUGUUCGAGCAACGAGUCGAACGAGUUCGUGAAAUGUCCGAGAUCCGUAGAUCUGAAGUUCGAGGGUUUCAAAAUUGAAAAUUCUAAAAAUUCCACGUUCGGCAACGGACGAUUCAGUAGAGAGACCACACCGACAAGCGAGCUUUGCGCAGACUCAAACGAAGAAAUGGAGUCGUCAACGUCGAAGCUGUCGCCGGCGAGCCACCGCCGCCGUAAGCAGCCGACGGCAAAGAUGCCAUCAACUGCAGAGAUCGAAGAGUUCUUCUCCGUAGCCGAAAAGUACGAGCAAAAACGAUUCGCACAAAAGUACAAUUACGACGUGGUGAAGGACGAGCCGUUGGUGGGUCGGUACGAGUGGGUUCGACUGAAGCCAUGAGAGAGCUAGGAGCGAAGAGAAGAGGAGAGAGGACAAAGCAGAAAAGUGACACGCGAGAGAGAAAGAGGCAUCUAUUUUUUUUUUUUUUUCAUCCUUCUUUUAUGGGGGGUUGUCUUUUGGUUAUAUGUACAGCUUUUUAUUUCUCUCUCUCUCUCUCUGAAGAAGCUCUUUUCAUUUUGGUACGAUAUAAUCAGAGAAAGAGAAGCUUCUUCUGCAACAAUGUCCCUUUUGGGUAUCACCUAUCUUCAAUUAUACACAUUUUCAGCACUAUAUGAAUUAAUCAUGUCCGACCCUUUUAUCUCUU